AUGCCCAAUGAUAGCAAGAGAAAUCAUACAGUGGAACAUCGAUCCACGAAGGGGAAUAAAAACAAUCAUCUUUCCGUUAAUGAUAUGCAGUACGCAGUAGUUAAAAAACAUCAUCGUCAUAAAUGGUUACGGCAGGAACGUUUGCUGGAAAUCACAUCUACACAUAUAUAUAACUGUAAACCUUCACAAGGAAAUAAUACAGUUCCGAAAAUUACAAAACAAUUCCCUCUUACAUCUAUUACAACGAUAGGUCUAAAGGGUAAAAAAGCUUUCUGUAUUCAUGUUCGUGAUGAUCAUGUUUAUUAUUAUUAUACACCAAAGGCUAUAGAAAUUGCUUUUAAAAUUCAACGAUAUGUCGCAGCAGCGAAUGCUGUUGAUAUUUUAAUUGGUAAUGGUGAUCGUGAUGAUGAUGAUAAUAAUGAUAACGAUGGGAAACGAAAAAGUAUUCUUAUGGAGCAGUUAGUUAGUGGAGCUAUACCAUUACCUGGUGCUCAUCUUAGUAAUACUAGUGGGGCUUCUACCCAUCGUGGUUAUCGUUCAAUAAAAUUAAGGUGUGAAAUUAACAGAACAUUACGAAAUGGAAAAAUACAAAGUGCUGAAGAACUAAAUAAAUUGGCAUUGACAUGGAAAGCAAAAAGUGAAUAUGAUGAAAUGAAUUUACCUCAACUUCGUCGAUCUAUAGAUAAUAUAAGAGAUGAAUGUGCGAUAAAUAUAAUGGAAGAAAGUUAUUUAUCGCAACGUGGAAUAACCUACUCAGAAGUAGUAAUGUGUGUUGAGGAUAUUAUUCAAAAAGUUAUUAUUACACCUAACUUUGAUAAGAUAAUGUUUUUCCUUCGUAGAGAUGAGGAUUUGGUAAAUAGGGAAGAAUUAUUUAAUCGAAAUCGUGAAUUAUUACGAGGUAAAUCUGCAAAAAUUUUUAACGUUCGAAAAGAUUUACGUUCUAUUAACUAUAAACUUGUUUUACGUCAUUUUGAACUCUUAAUGACACUAAGAAAUCCUAAUGACUUUUUAGAUCAAUUAGUCAAUAUUGCUGCCUGUAUUUACUUAACACUUCACGUGGCAUCUAAAUUCGGGUAUUACAGUAAUGUGAAUGAAGGACUCUCUGCAAGUUGUAGAAAUGGAGAAACGUGCAAUGCCACUGUAGGGUCUUAUACUUCACCAUUAUUGUUAAGAUCCCCAAUGAAUGGACCUUCAAAGGCAAAAUCGAUUGUCCUUUCUCUCUCAAGUGAAAGUAAUGAAAUUCAAGAUUCUCUUGAAAAAGAUAACACACAUAAUAUACCUCAGUUUCAAUCAAAUAGUUGUAAGUCUAUUGUGCUCUCUGUGGAUGAAAUGAAGAGAACAUUUUCGGAUUUAUCUUUUUCACUCCCAACAGUGGAAAAUGGUAGACGCCAGGAUGAUGCCAAAAUUUCAAUGUUUUCCUUAGAUUCAUCAUCUGAAAACAGUGAAGAAAAAUUACCUUCUUCACAGCUACGCUCAUCAUCGAGUCUUUUUAAUUUACUUGAGAAGGAUGGUCUUUCAGCUGAUGAUAUGAUUCCUCUUUAUAUUCAUCUUCUCUGUGAAUCUGAUGUCUCGGAUCUUUGUUUUAUCGUCAAUUUUAUUGAGUUGUUGGGUGAUUCUGAUGAUACAUCAGAGCGGGCCUAUUACUAUACCACUCUUAGAGCGGCUAUUGCAGUGCUGUGUGAAUGGAAACCUGAAGAUAUGGUAUCUACGAAUACGGCAACAAAAGAAUCUAAUAUGAGUCGAUUGAAAUUUGUAAGGAAAUAG